AUGGAAUCUGUGAUUGUGUUGUUCUGUAAUAUGAGAGGAUUCUGGACCAGCAAUGUGGAAUCCAGGUUUGAUUUUGAGGCUCAGAUAGAUCCAUAUGACAACGGUAAAGCACAGUGUCAUAACAAAUCAGCUUUGUUCAACGUCUCUUCAGCGCUUUUCAAUGCCGCUCAUCUGCCACAUCUGAAAGUAUCAAACAUCUGGUGUGUAGCAAAAACAAAAAAAGAUGAAUUACGAAAAAUAUCUGGCGGUGUUUAUUGGAAAAUUAACACGAAGCAACAAAUUGAUGGUGUUAUUGAACGACAUGGGAAAACGUUACGGUUAACCCUUGAAAUACAGAAUGCCAAUUUUUCACAUCUCGUUAUCAGUUGUCAUGCGGUUCACAAGAAACAACUGGAAGGAGAAGUGGGAUGGGAGAUUGUGCGUCCAGUAUUUGUAUUCAACUCGACGAAUGGCUAUAAAUUGGGAGACAAAGAUCGUUUUACUGUAAUUGCACCAAAAACUUGGGGAGUCAAAAGCGAAACGGUCCGGUUAGACUGUCCAGCAGUUUCAUUUCCUGGACUGAAUGAAACAGUUUGGUAUAAGGAAGAAGCUAAUGGUGAAAUGAAAGAAAUUUGUCAAUUAAGUGAACAAACAUCAUCUUCUGAUCCGGUAGAUGCGUGUCAGACAAAUGUUACUAGGCGUACUAAGAUUUGUCUAGCGAUGCGAAAGCUUCCGUUUUACAGGUUCCUCCAGUCAUUCAAAAGUUUUGCAUAGUC